AUGAGUUACUCUCCAUCUACUCAAGCAUCCGACACUCGACAUUUUCUGGAAGGAAAACAGUUCGUUCUUCUCACCGAUUUUGAUCCUUUGACAUUCGAUUUACAAGCUAGGCCAGAUAAGUACUCACCCUGUGAAGUACGUCAGCUAGAUUCCAUUUCACAGUGCACCAAUGAUAUCCGCUAUAUUCCUGGAGGAUAUCACAUUGUCGCUGACACAUUGCCACGCCCGCAACCCAUCUACCCCAUGUUCACGGAAAAUAUUCGUGAAGUGGUCCGCGUUGUCCGGUUUGGAAAAUCUUGGUGGCGGAAGCUGUACGAGCGCACUCGACUUCCCUUUGUGCUGUUCUACGGUUACUUUCCGGUCAAAUUGAGAACCUACAUUGGAGAUCCAAUUUAUCCACAAGAAGGCGAAACACCAGAACAGCUGGCACAGAGAACCAAGCAAGCCAUGGCUGAACUAAUUCGUACACAUCAGUGGACUCCCUCCAACUUGCUGUGUGCCAUCCUACAACGAGUACCCUCUUUCGAUCAUUGGUUGGAAAAGCACAAACAGCGGAAACUGGCCUUGAUCAACUGACAAGCGUCACCGUCAUCACCCUUUCGUGGCCUCGCCCCAUCCAAGCAUCCUCGAUAUGCAUGUGUUUUCAGAUUUAAUUCGCACACUUUCCCUCCUGUUUGUCG